AUACUUCCUCUAUGUGUGUGUGUUGCAAGGAGAAAAUGGCCAACAAACAGGAACUGUUUGACUGCUCCGUCUGUUUACUGUUGCUGGAGGAUCCAGUGAUGACUGAGUGUGGACACACUUACUGUCUGAAGUGCAUCAAUGCCAUCUGGGAUAGCAACAGUAAUGGAGGGAGUAGUUACAGCUGCCCUCAGUGUAGACAGACUUUCUUUUCGAGGCCUGUUUUGGAGAAGAACACACGUCUGUCUGACCUGGUGGAGGAGCACAAGAGGAGAACAGGUCACAGUAGUUCUGCUGCUGCUGAGGAUGAUGUUGAUGUUGAACCUAGUUUGCAGUGUGACGUGUGCACCAGGAGGAAACAGAAAGCAUGCAUGUUCUGUCGUGUGUGUUUUGCCUUUUACUGUGACACUCAUGUGCAACCUCACUAUGAGGCACCUGACCUGAAACACCACAGUCUGAUUCCAGCCUCAGUCAGGAUCCAGGAGAGCAUCUGCAGGCGCCAUUUCAGGCCUUUUGAGAUUCACUGCCUCACUGAUCAACAGUUCAUAUGUCUGACGUGUGCAGCGGACGACCACAAAGACCAUGACACUGUGACAGUUGAAGCAGAACAGCGUGAGAUGCAGAUAAAACUAGAGGAGACGAAACAGGACAUCGGCGAGCGAGUGCUGCAUUCACAGAUGAAAAUGGCCCAACUGCGAGAUGCUGGAGACUCUAUCAGAGAUGCUGCAUGGGAGGCGUGCGAUGACUUUGAGCGGCUGUGUGAGGAGCACGUCCGCUCAUAUGUCAGCUCUGUGGUGAGGAAAUGCUCUGAGAUGAAAGACAAACUUGGAGAGGCAGAGAAAGCUGGAGUGGACUGGACAGACUGCCAGUUCGGGCAACUGCAGAGUGUAAUUUCAGAACUGAAGCGCCGAGAAGUUAAACUCAACCAGCUGUCUCUAACUGAGGAUCCCAUCCAGUUUAUUCGGGAUUUCCAGGCUUUGGGUGACCUGCCAACAUUUCAUCACUCAGACGGAAGUCUCAACACGUUGACACAGUUUGUCACAGCACAGAAAGAUAAACUGAAAAACAUGUCCAACAAUGAAAAGCACCAAUUAUACACACGUUCUGAAGAAUUAAUGUUGUUAAAAAAGCCCGUGCUGCCAGAGAGCGUGAUGUCAAGGAAACAUCUUUUGACCAAACACAGGAACUCUGAUGUGGAGGUGGAUCCCGACACAGUCGCUUCGCGUCUCUGCUUGUCUAACAGUAACCGGGAGAUAUCGUGGAGUGACAAGGACCAAGCUCAUCCUCAUCACGUCAACAGAUUCACGUUCUAUCCUCAGGCUCUUUGUAGGAAGGGCCUCGAGGGGAACCACUACUGGGAGGUGGAGUGGGACGGUGGCAUUGUUGACGUGGCUGUUUCAUACAAAGGGAUUAAUAGAAAGGGGUCAGGGAAAGACUGCUGUUUUGGCCACAAUCAUCUGUCCUGGAAAUUAACCUGCUCUUCUUCUGGCUGCACCUUUUGGCACAAUAGUCUCCAUAAAGGCAGAAUUUCUGCGGCUGAUUGUCGCAGAGUCGGUGUACACCUUGAUUGUGAAGCAGGAGUGCUGGUUUUCUACAGUGUCACUGACUCUGACAGGCUGACGCUGCUGCACCAAAUCCAGAACACCUUCACUGAACCGGUCUACCCUGGGUUUUCUGUUGAUUUAGGUGCAACACUGAAAAUAUGCAAAAUCUAAGCCCAUUUACAGUUUUGCAUACAUACAGUAUGUGUGUAGUAAAUACUGUACAUGUAAAUGUAAAAAUGGCAAGCAACAGAAACAAAAUGUUGUUGUUUGAAUAGAUUUUUCUUCAAUGUUGAAAAACAAGACACAUCUGCUGAUGCCUAUGGAUACAGUGACGUGCCUGGAAUCAUCGUCAUCAGCUUAGGUACAAUGACUGUGAGUCCCCUCUUUUCAACCAUAGCCAUCUUGAGGCCCUCUCUGCUGCUUUGGUGGAACUGCGGAUUGCUCUCCUCCUUCUCCUUCAGUGCCCAUCUUACUAAAGGCUCUUGUCAGAGACUGCCCCGUAAAGCCCCAACAUCCUCCACUGGGAGACAUCCUGCCUUCUGGCAGCUGCUUACCAGCUCUUUCAACGGCCUCUUCUAGGCGGUUUCCCAUGGUACUGCCAGCUGCCAACAAGCACCACCUGCUUGGUGGACUCAGAGAUAACUAUGUCAGGAUGCAAGGUGGUAGCUGUGAUGUGGAUGGGGAACGUGGCUGUUGUUACUGCCUUGGCAGCUUUUGGCUGUUCCCCUGCCUUAAUGAAGUUGAUCUUCUGCCUGGUGGGUCUGGUCUUCUUCUCCCACUUGACACUCGUGCUGAUGGCUUCAGCGAUGGCCUUGAGAACUUGGUCAGAAACUGGAUCCCAGGUCACUCUCCUUACCACUACACUUUGUUAGUAAGUAGUAGUAUCUUCUUUAAUGUAUCUUUGUUUUUUGUAAAUUUGCAAAAUGCAAGUUUCACUGUAUUUCAUACAGACUAUUAAAAUAACUCC